UCCACGGCACCUUCUGUCAACAAGCGGUCACAAUAGUCGUCACGGUGUACGACAACGGACUAAAGCUGCGUUCGGACGAGACCGUGCCGGGCUUCAGCUCGGCAUCGCCCUGGCCAACGCUUGAGCUCGAAUGGGGCCGGAAGCUGUACCCGUCGUCGGUGCCGCGCGGCGCCGGUGGCAUGAUGUUCGGCCUUCCGCCAACCGGGGCCGACAUGAACCAGCCGCGCGGCCCGAUGACCUCGCUCAAGGAGGAACCGCUCGGAGCCCGCGCCUGGAUGCAGCCUGCCGUCGAUACCACCAACUUGGGCAUCGGGCGGGCCCACUUUGAGAAGCAGCCGCCGAGCAACCUGAGAAAGUCCAACUUUUUCCACUUUGUGGUGGCGCUGUACGACCGGGCCGGCCAGCCCAUCGAGAUCGAGCGGACGGCCUUCAUCGGGUUCAUCGAGAAGGACCAGGAAUCGGAUGGACAAAAGACUAACAACGGAAUCCAGUACCGGUUACAACUGUUAUACGCAAACGGUGCCCGCCAGGAGCAGGACAUCUUUGUGCGGCUCAUCGAUUCCGUUACGAAACAGGCAAUAGUGUACGAAGGUCAGGACAAGAACCCGGAAAUGUGCAGGGUACUACUGACCCACGAAGUGAUGUGCAGCCGAUGCUGCGACAAGAAGAGCUGUGGCAAUCGCAACGAAACACCGUCAGAUCCUGUGAUUAUAGACCGAUUUUUCCUUAAAUUUUUCCUCAAGUGUAACCAGAACUGCUUAAAGAAUGCCGGCAAUCCGCGCGACAUGCGACGAUUUCAAGUAGUGAUAGCGACCCAGGUCUCGGUGGACGGCCCGCUGCUCGCCAUCUCGGACAACAUGUUCGUGCACAACAACAGCAAGCACGGCCGCCGGGCGAAACGGCUCGAUCCCGAAGGUACGGGAAGUUCUCCGUUGGCAAUCUCGGGCCAUCCGCUGGCCCCGGACAGUACGUACGACGGCAUCUAUCCCCCGCUACCCAUGGCAACGCCCUGCAUCAAGGCGAUCUCGCCGAGCGAAGGCUGGACCACGGGCGGCGCGCAGGUCAUCAUCGUCGGCGACAACUUCUUCGACGGGCUACAGGUGGUCUUCGGGACGAUGCUGGUGUGGAGUGAGUUGAUAACAUCGCACGCGAUACGGGUCCAAACGCCGCCGCGGCACAUACCCGGCGUGGUCGAGGUCACGCUGUCUUACAAGAGCAAACAGUUCUGCAAGGGAUCGCCGGGCCGGUUUGUCUAUGUCUCUCUAAGUGAACCCACCAUCGACUACGGUUUCCAGCGACUCCAGAAGCUAAUCCCGCGACAUCCGGGCGAUCCGGACAAGCUCCCGAAGGAGAUCAUCCUGAAGCGGGCCGCCGACCUGGCCGAGGCGCUCUACUCGAUGCCCCGAUCGCCGAACGGUUCCUCCGGCUUCAACUCGUACAGUGGCCAGCUGGCGGUCAGCGUCCAGGACGGCACGGGCCAGUGGGCGGAAGCCGACGAGUACACCCGGGCCCAAAGUAGCAGCGUGAGUCCCCGGGGAGGGUACUGCAGCAGUGCGUCGACGCCGCACUCGUCCGGCGGUGGGUCGUACGGCAGCAGCAACGGGUACGCGACCGCGUCCAACAUGAGCGGGCUCACGUCCUCGCCGGCCAGUGUCUUCAACUCUUCGUCGAGAAUCAACGGACUAAUGAGUGGAGGCAGUGGUUUCAGUCCGUACUCUAUGACCACCUGCGGGUCCCAGGGCUACACCCCAAGUCCGCUGGCGGCGGCCACCACGACGUCCAAGUAAAGCAAGAGAGGAAAAAGAACACCCCGACCCCAGAUUGUUUGUUGUUUGUUAGAAUCUUUCCCCAUCCUCGAGAAAAAAAAGUCCGUUCCUUGUUCCUGUACAUUAACAUCGCAAAAAAAAGCACACAUUUUUCCUUCCCCUAAUAAGCUCAUCUAUUUAUUUAAACAUUUAUUUUGUGUUCUAAGUGCAAUAAAAAAAUCACAACCCUUUGCAGUUAAAAAAAAUGACUGUAAAUUGUACACUUUGUAAAAAGCAAAUAAAAAAGUUAUCAAAAAAUUAAUUGUAAGAUGCUUGGUAGUUAAAAAUUUUGGGAAUUUUUCCAACCAAAAAAUCAACGAAAUAACGUAAAAAAAAAAACAUAGUAAAAUACAUAUCCUGCUAAACACAGAAAGAAAACAACCAACUUAAAAAAACGAACAUUUCAUCAGUCAUAUCUACAUGUGUCAGUAAUCAAAUUUAUUACAAGAAUAGUUAUUGCAAAAAAUCAGCAUCAAUAAACAAAAGAGAAGGAGAGCGAGAGAAAACAUUCAUUCUAAAAAAACACGCAGCAAAAUUUGUAUACGAACUCUCCUUUACACAUCCAACUACGC